CUCUUUUUUAUUUUCAUUCUCUUUUCUUCUCUUUCGCUCUUUUUAGUGACUCUAACCAAUGUUAAAACUGUUGACUCCACGCGUGGCAAGUCAAGUUCGACACUUCCUUCGGAUCAAUGCUACUACAGCUCAUUCUGCAAGAGCAUUUCCGCGUCAUCCUGUCUUUUUCUCUACAACAGCAAAACAUUGGUCUUCUACACCACCUUUAACACCUCCAUUACAAAAGGAAUCCACGGAUAACUCAACACAGAAUACCUCACAGCUACAAUCUAAAUUAGAAUACCCAUCGCCAACACCCACUAAUCUUGAUAAUCCGCCAGAGUCUGUCUCUUGCACCGUCAGCCCACCUUCAACUUAUGCAUUUCUCAAACCUACGCCCGUCGUGCUCUUGACUGGGCCCUUUGGUGGCAAUUGGUGUUUCCGUGAUACUUGGCAGGCUAGUCUAGCUGAUCAAGGUUAUCAAAGCACAAGCAUCGAAAUGUCCAUGCCUAUAGAGCCACUUGACUCAGGUGACGCAUACAUCCGUCAUUUUGUCAAGGUUCUCAAGAAAUCUAUCGAAACUGAUCACUCUUUCUACCCACCCAUCUUAAUCGCUCAUGGAUUACAUGCAUUGGUCGCAUAUAAGUAUGUCGAAUCUAAUCCUGUCUCUGCUCUGGUCCUAGUCUCGCCGUUUAUUCCCGAUCUUAUCAAGCAUCGAUUCAAACAACUGUCAUAUAAACUGAAGAUUGAGAAGACAACUAAUACUACUGCUACUGCUGCUAUUUUUAUAAAGCACUCUGGCAAUGGCCAGGAAGCAGGAGAAAGCUCAGAGGGAUCUGCCACAAUCACAGCGCCUUCAGCAUCAUCGAGGCCAACAAUUUCACCAAAGGUUUCUACAUCAAUACAGGUACCAAUACCAACACCAGUAGCAGCACCGCUUCCAGAACCUUCAGCAGAAGAGCUUACAGAGUUUGAUUUCGAUACCCACGCGGAUGUCGUAGCCCAGGUCGGUUUCCGGGAACGAUUCGUGUUGCCAAAGAAAGCGGUCUACAAAAUUGAUCAAGUUGCCAAGGAAUUACAGGAAAAGGAGAAAGAAAAAGAAAAAGAAAAGACUAAAGAGUAUCCACAGGAAAUAGACGGGGAGGGAACAGGAAUUUCGUCAACGGCAACUGGAGCUAUAGAAAAAGUCAUUUCAAGUAAGAGCGGUAGUGGCAUUUCAACAGAAGACUUGUCGUCACCCUCCAAAACAUCGUUGGAUAGCACAGUUCAAACAGCAGAGAUCAACGAAAAAGGCCCUUCAUCAUCAUUCAUGGAGGACACAGGAUUUAGUAAAACAGGGAACAGAGAAGAUAAAGGUAUAGAAGGAGAAGGAGAUGAGGACAUACUCCCUAUUCAGACUGUGGAAUCAGAAGGCUCGAUACCCUCAUCCCUGGAGAGUUUACCUCUGACAAUCUAUGACUCUAUCUCUCUCGGCCUUUUUGAACCCAAUUUCCCAAUUUUAUUGGUAACCUCUAAUGGCGAUGAGAUUGUGUCUACUUCUGAUGUAAAGACCCAUCAUGUUCUGUCAGGACAGGUCGAUCAUAUUGAAUUAGAGGAUCUGGAUGAUGGAGGACAUUUGAUCAUGGUUUCCGAUAACACCGAAUGGGAACAAGGAAUUCAGGGCAUCACUGCUUGGUUGGACUCAAAUGGCAUGUAGAAAUAACAAACGUAUUAGAAU